AUGACCAACCAGACGGCCUCGGGACCGAAUCAGAAACACCAUGUUCUCACCACAUUGAACUACUGGGACGACCCAGGCGACGGGUCGCGGCCUACGCCCAUCUUCAUCGGAAAGGGGAGAGUCACCAACAAGCGGCCACACCGGCCGCACGAGUUUCUCGUGACCGACAUCACCGGGGACGAAGCCCAGUACUCUCUUGACGCCCAUGGAUUUCAAUACUGCCAACACGAGAGCCAAGAGAAGGACUUCACCGACGAGCAAGCCAUCCGGUCGGUCUACUACGAGGAGUGCCGGAAUCUGGUCAAAGACGUCACGGGCGCGCGGCAAGUGCACAUCUUCAACCACAAGGUGCGCCGCGGACCGACGCAGUGGCACCAUCUCGGCCUGGACGGCAACAACCUCGCCAACCGGGGGCCGGUGACGCGCACGCACGUAGACCAGUCGUAUGCCGGGGCCGAGCUGCGGCUGCGGUGGGAGUUCCGCGACGAGCCGGGCGCGGCCGAGGAGCUGCUGAAGCGGCGGUACCAGAUCAUCAACGUGUGGCGGCCGAUCGCGACGAUCCUGAAGGACCCGAUCGCGGUGGCCGAGGCCGGCUCGGUGCCGGACGCGGACCUCGUCGGCGCCGAGAUGGUCGAGGACGACUUCCGCGGCGAGUCCUGGGUCGUGCGCCACAACACCGCCCAUCGGUGGUGCUUCAAGUACCGCAUGACGUCGCGGGACGUGCUGCUCAUCAAGUGCUUCGACUCGGACGCGUCCGUGGCGCGCCGGGCGCUGCACUCGGCUUUUGAGGACCCGGCCCACCGCGACGAGGCGUCCCGGCAGAGCAUCGAGGUCAGGUGCUUGGUGUUCUACUAG